AUGGACGCGUUGUUGGAAAAGAGCACAGAGAAGGUGAAAAAAGAAGAAGAAGAAAGACGAGAGGUUUUGACCGAGAGCAUAAAAAAUGAAGCAGAGCGAGCAGAAACGCACGCGAGGCUGCGACACGAAGUGCGCAUAGAUAUCGCAGAAGACGCAAAGGUGAGUUGGUAUUUUGAAAUGCUCGACGAUGUGGGGAAAGAAAUGGGAAGAUGUAGUGACGGUAGUGAGACGAGUAAAUUUUCGAAGACGUUCCCGGAAAGUAAUAGUACGGCCCCUUCAAACGACGAGGACGACGAAAGCGAAAGCGAAAGCGAAAGCGAGAGCGAAAGUGAAAGUGAAUGUGAAUGUGAUAAAGGAAAAGUGAAGAACGAUGAUAGCGAAGAAAAUGAUGUUGCUAAGGUUAUAGAAGAAGAACCAAAAAUUGCCGACGAGAAAGAAUGGAUAUCCUCUGCAGCCGCUCGAAAGAACCGUCCAAAGAAGAAAGAGGAGAAAAAGAGCGCGCGAGCGAUGAAAAAGGCGCAAAUGAAAGAAAGCGUCGCAAACAAACUCGAAAUAAACAAACGGCUAUCGCACAUUCUACGCUUAGCAGAUACAAAUUAUGUCGAGGUCGUGUCACAUCACAAAAACGCGAUUGAAGAAAUUCGACGAAAAACAGAGCAACAAGUGCACGAGUUAGAGAAAGAAGCUACCGAAACUAAACAAGCGUUUGAACAGUUUUUGAGGGACGAGUGUUUAAACAAAAUGUUGAAGCGAAACACCGCGACACUCGCGAGGAUAUACGGUGAAAUCGCACAAACAGAAGCAAUUAAAAUUCAAGAAGCGAUCGCGCUACUCGCUACUCGUGAAGAGGAAAUUGACGAUGCGCGAGAACGCGAACGCGCUUCCGUCGAAAACGAACGCGAAAAAUUGGAGAGUGAUCUGGAAGAAAACGAAACCAUACUUCGUCGAUUACACGUUGAAAACUCAAUACACGAAGACAGAUUGCAACGCGUCGUUAAGGAGUUCUCGGCACGCGAAAAGGCGAGACGCGACCGCGCGUCAAUUUUAGAUCGACAAACGAAGGAUGAGUAUCGCGCGCUCAGUGAAGCCAAACGACAGUACGAGCGAAAGUUUUCAGAGCGCGAACACGCGGCUGCACGACUCGCGUGGAGAAAUAAAGAUGCGGCUGCAAAACUGCUUCAACAGCAACAAUACGAGCGCGAAUACAAAGUACACGCGUGUUAG